AUGUCUGUCGACAACGCCCAGUAUGAGAAGGUGGUGACGACUUACGACAGUAUAUUACAGACUGCGGUACGCCGAUGUGACACAGCAAAUUUGCUCCAUACGCUUGGUUCCGUUGAAGGCAAGAGAAUUCUUGAUCUCGCAACCGGCACUGGCUUUUUCGCGCGCACUCUGUCGAAAUUGGGUGCCAAGCACGUCAAUGGAGUCGAUGUCAGCCAGAGCAUGUUAGAAGCAGCUCGCAAGGUGACAGAAGAUGACCCGCAAAUUCCGGAGGGCGUGGUGGAGUAUGAAUUGGGAGACGUUUUCAAGCCUCUUACUCUCCUCAACUACACUGAGGCAAGCUGCGACUUAGUGACGGGCGCAUGGUGCCUGAACUACGCCGGGGACCAGGCCAUGAUGGAUCAAGCCUUACAGAACAUUGCGAAGUACCUAAGGCCGGGAGGAAGAUUCGUGGGCGUCAUCCCGAAUGAUAAUAUGCCGUGGCUCCAUGAGGAUGAGAAUUACUACGGUUUCUCAUACAAGAAAAUCGACUCGGUCAAAGACGGGAAAGUCUGCAAGCUCACACUGCACGCCAAGGAGCAACCGGUCUCUUUCAAUGCAUACAUGUUGAACCAUUGUGUUUUUGAAACCGCCGCGAAGUCUGCCGGACUGGCCGACAUCACGUUGGCGAAUCCUACGGUAAAGCCGAAAUUUGAGGGGGCUGAAGACGAAGAUUACUGGGACAGCUUCCUGGCUCGUCCCUUAUUCACGAUCAUGACGGCGGCAAAGCCUGAGCCGGAGUAA